CCCCCCAAAAACCCCGCACCGCUUCCCCCGCCACCGUCUCCCUCGCCCUGUGCUCUCGCGUCCAUCCAUCCAUGGCGUCGCUGAGCGGCAGGCUCAAGGAGCUCCUCAAGAAGUACGGCAAGGUGGCGCUCGGCGUCCACUUCUCCGUCUCCGCCGCCUCCAUCACCGGCCUCUACGUCGCCAUCAAGAGCAACGCCGACGUCGAGUCCCUCUUCGCCAAGCUCCACCUGCCCGGCGUCUCCACCACCGCGGAACGCGACCCUCCGUCGUCGUCGUCGAGCGGUGAAUUCGCGGCGGACGAGGGCUCGGUCAAGCACGAUGACGACCGGCUCCGGCCGGGCGCGAUCGGGGGGGAGGAGGAGGGGGAGGAGAAGAAGCGUAACCGGACGGCCCAGCUCGCGGCCUCCACCGGCGGCGCCCUGACCCUGGCCAUCCUCUGCAACAAGGCGCUGUUCCCCGUCCGGGCCCCGAUCACGAUCAUGCUCACGCCGCCGUUGGCCAAGUUUUUGGCCAGGAGGAAGAUCAUCAAGGGCAAUGUAAGAUAGGGAUUCAAUGCUUGUGGCAAUUUAAAUUUAUGGUUGAUCAUGGAAUGUGUUGGUCGGCAAGGAGGAGAGAGGGAGAGAGAAGGGAGAGAUGUAUUUGUUUGUUAUCGAAAGAGACGCAUGGCUGAAUAAGAAAAAAAAACUCAAUUUUGUGGAGAUUACUGUGAUCGGUUAAACAGUUGAAUCUUUUUGGGUUUGGGUUGAAUUAUACUCCUCCAUUGUUGGAA